AACCCACUUUAUUUAAUUUAAAUAAAAAUAUGCAUGCACCACAGCUGUCAAUCCAGUAAGGAGUUUUAAGUCUUGAAAUCUGAGCCUGUGUCUUUAAGAAGUGGCCCCAUGCAGUGUUGGGAGCCCGAGGCGCCUUCAGCCAAAUUACUGAAGUUCAGAGGAAGUGACGGGGAAUACAGGAGCUUUAAGAGUUAGUAAAAAAAAAAAAAAAAAAACUAUACGCUGUGAAGGAAAGUUUUCGUGUAUAAUUAAGUCAGUGUUUUCCGAAUAUCUACGCAAACGUUAGAUGAAAAUUAAAUUUUUGAUAGAAGCGCAAUUUGUUUUGCUUUGAUCAUCGAGCUGCAUAUAGCCUAUAGUUUACCAACUAGCUUAUUUUAUAAACGGGCAUUACCUCUCUAAACAGUAGUUUGCAUUCGUUGUCCACAGUUUUGUUAUUUGUUUAAAGUCAUUUACUUUGACGAUAUGUCCCAUUGUUGUGUUAAAUGAGUUUACAUCCUUAGUGUCUUUUGUAAUGAACGCGAGAGUGACUUUACCGGCUUCAGUCCAGAUAGCGUUUGUCGUGUUUACUCUGGUAUUAUCAGUAAGUGUUUGCUCACAGUUGACGGUGCUUGUUCGUCUUAACGAUGGUCAAAUAACGGAGGAGCUAUUAGAGGCGGAUAGUGAGAAGGACAUUAUAACAGUGGAGUUCAAGCAGGCAGACGGGACUCUCAUCACAUUCCUGUCUGAUUUCAAGCGCCAUGUGAAGAUCUUUCGUGCACUGGUGCUUGGGGAGCCAGAGAAAGGCCAAUCACAGUACCAGGCCCUCUGCUUCAUCUCACAUUUGGAUCAUGGAGAGCUCAUCCCCAGUGAAGCCAUGGCUAGACUCAGACAGAAAAACCCUCAUGUGGUGCGGAGUGCAGAGGAGAGACGUGGUGUGGAACAGUUCACUAUGAACGCGGUGCUCAAUAUGAGUCGCUCCUGGUACCUCAGUACUCACAUACGUAAUGUCUGCAGGGAUGCGCGAGACCUUGUGUACACACGGCAGCAAGAUGUCAAGCACUGGCUGGACAAAGGGGUUGAAAGUUCAAUAUUUGAGGUCUUUCCUCAGAGUCUGAAUGUGAGUGGAUUGCAGAGCUGCAGCUCCACAACAGACCCAUGGCAGCCCUGCACCUGCACUUACAGGUUAAACCUGGAGUGGUUCCCCUGCCAGCUGAAGUACUGCCGGGGUCAGGGGCCCAACCCCUACAAGUGUGGCAUUAAGAGCUGCAGCAAAGGCUACCAGUUUGACUUCUAUACAUCUCAUAAACAGCUGUGCCUUUGGGAUGAUGACACUUAGUACCACCUGAGAGAAAGAAAACUUGUUUUUGUUUUGUGUUUUUAAUGGGAAACCUACUUUUGUAAGGUACUCUACAACAAAUCAGAAGUUUACUUUUACCUCAAGGAACCAUUUUGAUAAUGAGAUUAUCUAGAAAUUACUUGUGCACUUCAUUGUAUUGAAAGCAACUAAACAUUUUGUCUCAACAGGGAACUUUCUCUGACUUUUAUGCAUUGAGUCAAAGAAUGGAUAUUUUGACUGUCAAGCCAUUUGUCUUUUCACUUUUGGGCAUCACUACAAUGAUACCUCAGGGCAAAAAAUGCUGUUUUAAUGGUUAAGUUGAAUGUUUAGUUCUGACAGCUGUCUUUGUAGCUCUUGUUUUCGUUCCGUUUAGUGUUAAAAUAUUUGAACGUUAAAGUAUUAGCUUUCCAUAACAUUCUUUAUGUUGAGGAUAUAAUUAGUAUAAAGGAGAGUAUUUUGAAAAUAUUCAAAUCCUAUUGUACAAAAUGUUUACAAUAUGAUGUCUGAAUGUGCAUGUUGUAGUUUUCCUUUGUAUUUUUAGAAAGGUAUAAGCUGUUAGUUUACGUUACAACUUUAUUAUUCUUUUUUACUUUGUUUUACCAUGUUGCCUUCACUUUGUUGUUUGAUAAGCUUAUGAUUCUGCCUACUGCAUUGUCUUGUCAAGCAAUGAUCUGCAACAGUUUGACUGCUGCAAAAUAACAUAUUUGACUGUUUACAAUAUCAUCAUACACGUUUUCAAAACAAUUCACAUUUUUGCUCUCUGUUUAUGAAGCUAAGAGUAUGAAGCUGUAACAAAAAGUCUAAGUGGCAGCUAAGACAUUGUCUCUGAACAUAUUGUGAUGUCUAUUUAUUGCAAAUUUAUUCAGUAGAUGCCAAAUUUCUUAUUCUCAGCUAAGAUGCUCUCUAUAGCCAUGACUAAUUCUAAUUUACAUUUCAAUUGCAGCUGUCUUGUGAAGAGUCUUUUGCUUUGGUUUGUGAUAUACAACAUGGAUGUUUGAGCUUCGGUCUGGCUAGGCAUUCUGAAGAUAUGGCCCACUAUUCUCAUGUCUUGUUCUCUGCUUUCUUGUGCCACCAUCUUGGUGUCAUUUUCUAUCUUCUCAGAUUUGUAUUUUUAAUCUUCUUUUUUUUUUUUUCCAGACAUUGUUUGUUUCCCAUAAAAUAUUUACAAGAUAAAGUAUUUGUAAUGGGUCAGUUUGGUUCUGUAUGCCAAAUAAUUUCAACGUAACUACCACCCAAAUGAUGAAGAGAAAAAAAGCUAAAUGUUGUGUUGUACUACCAGUGUUGGGAAAAGUUACUUUUAAAAGAAAUGCAUUAUGAUAUUGCGUUACUCCUUUAAAAAAGUAACUGUGUUACUUAGUUACUUUUUAUGAUAUAGAAAGAAAGAAAGAAAGAAACACAAAUGUAAUGUUUAUCUAAAGUCAUUUUUGCUUAGUAUGGUUGAAUUGGAUCAUCGAAGGUCGGCUGCAAAGACAUUGGUUAAUAAAUUGAGAUUAAAUACAUAAGGUAUAUUUUUAAUUUUUGCAGGUUUGUGUAAUAUUCUGAGUUUGCAUUUCAGUUUUUAUUUAUUUUGUUGAAUCAGUUUUUUUUGAGAUGAGUAAAUGCAUGCUCCCAUUUGCAGCUGAUUCACAAGGGGCGUCAGCAUUAAUGCUUCUCAUUUACUUUGAAUGGGUGACUUCAUGUGUUGCCGAACUGAAUUGUGAGUUUCGUUGUGUCGCGCCACUGGCGUAGUUUGUGGCAGAAAUUGUACAAUUUUUAACUUCAAUUGCCAACGCAGGUGUCAGCCAAUCAGAUCGCCUUGUGCAAAUACCCUAGUGCAGACACUAACCAAUUGCGUUCAUGCAAAAAUAGAGGAAACAACAAAAUCAUUAUGAUGAGUGAUCACCCGGUUCUUUACGAUCAGUCUUUAUAUACGUACCAGGACUCAUACCGGAUGGUGAAUCUGGUGUGUAUUGUGCUUGUAUUGUGUUCGUAUACACUGUCCUGCAGAGUUUAGCUCCAACUUGCCUCGACACACCUGGAAGUUUCUAGUAUGCAAGGUAUACUAAUAAACUAGUAUUCUAUUAUGCAAGGUAAUGUAAUUAAACCUUGAUUAGCUGAUUCAGGUGUGUUUAAUUGGGGUUGGAGCUAAACUCUGUAGGACAGUGGCCCUCCAGGACUCCAGGGUUUGGAGACCCCUGGUCUAGAACUACAACCAUCAUGUUUACACAGUGCACACAAAAGUCUCUGCCUCUUACACCCCAUUUCUCUCUACAUGGGCACAGGAGAGCUGUCAGUCAAUAAAUGGGAAAACAAAGUAACUGUUACGGCUUCAUUCUGUUUUAGCUUUGUUUGCUCUGUUUAUGACCAGUCCCCUGGAUCCUUCGGCUCCGCUAGUGUCGUUUUUGCUCCAGCUCCGCCUCGGGCUUCCCCUCCACCAGCUCAACGUGACGCUGAGUCCCCGGCUGCACCUCGGCCUGUCAGCCCUCUGGCUCCGCCCGGCUCUGCGUUCCCUCAUCUAUGCUGUGGUCCGUCUGCCCUGGGACUCCUUCGGGGCUCCCUUGUCACUCCAGAUCAACCUCAGUUGGUUGUCGCUCAGUUUCUGCCAAGACUUAGUGGUCUCUGACUGUGCCUCGACCCUCCACCGCUCUGGCUCCAAUGGGCUCCAACCUUCCUCCGGUUUCCCCAUCGUCCUCAUUCGCUCCAUUGUCACCCGGGUCAGCUGAGUCCCCGUCUCCGCCUCGAUCCCCCGAGCCAGCAGCUCGGCCUUGGGCUUCCAGGCCAUGGAUGUCAGCCUCUCAGUUCCGCCGGUUCCUCUAGGCACCCUGGUUCCGAUUCCAUCAGUCAGUUCCCUGGUUCCGCCUAGCCCUUUAGCUACAUCCUGGCUCACACCUUCAGCUCCACCAUGGUGUCUGUCUCCACCAACUCCUCCUCUUUCUUGGCCAUCACCAGCUCUGCGCCCUCCUCCAAAGCCCUCUCCCUCCCUCCUCAGGUGUACUCGUUACAGUGUGAGGACACGCCUUCCAGAAGGAGGAGCUACUGUAACGGUUUCAUUCUGUCUGUCAUUUGUUUGCUGUUUCUGUUUGCCUGUGUUCCUGAGUUAACGUAAUUAACUCUACACCUUUUUCAGUUCCUGUUAAUUAUCCUGUCUAUUUGUAUCCUGAGUUCUGUUUGCUCAUUGUUCCUUGUCAUUUGAGUUUAAGUGGUUGUUGCUCCUGUGUGUUUGCUAUUUUUGGAUUAAAACUACUCCUUGUUGAA